GUCAGUUUAGCCAAACCCGACCUCGUUUUCACUCCAUAUACACGCCUUUAAAACAGAGAAAGCGGGAGUCAGUCAGUCAGCAACAAAGAGCAGAGAGAGGGAGAGAGAGAGCACAUGACUGAAAUCUCAGUGAACAGUUUGUGCGUAUGAUAGAGUGAAGAAACAGGUUGGGGAAAAUGACUACGGAAAAAAUGAUGAAGGAUCACAAUCAGGAGAAGCAGUUACAGAAACAAAUGGGCUGUAUGGUUGGCUGGCUUCACAUCUUCGAUCGCCACCGUUUUCUCACCGGAAAACGUUUCUACUCCGCCGCCGGGCGCCUCCCCUCCUCACCGGCUGUGGACAUAUCCGAUAAAUCGACCCCACCGUCCCCGGCGAACUCGACGGAAUUGGAAGAUCCGGCAUCGAAGCAACAUCCGGCGGCGGCGGAGCUACUGUCCAAACAAGCUUCAUCCCUGCCGGCAUUCGAAUUGAAAGAGAGGAAUAGGAGGUCUCGCAAGGAUGCACCGCGGCUUUCGCUCGACAGCAGGGCCACCACCGACGCCAAGGGGUCUCUCCGCCCAAAAAAUGCGGCAGCUGAUGGAGGCCAGGGCCAGCGGAGCCCGAGCGUCAUCGCGAGGCUCAUGGGUCUCGAGCAGUUGCCGGGUCAGCCGGAGCUCCGGAGAUCCGCAUCCGAAUCCAGAGUCUCCAGGGAUCUGUUCAAUUCUCGAUUCAUCGACGCUCUCAAUUCCAAUGCGACUAAGGAGAAUUUUUCAACGGAAGCGCGUGAUCCAGAUCCGAAAAAUUAUUCACCAAAAAUGUCUCCAAAAUCCGAAACAAACGGAGGAUUGACCGCAGCAGCUCCGCCUGGUCGGAAAAGCUUCUUCGAUUCCGGCGACGUUUUCCCUGCCCGGACGCGACAGACCGCCUUCACGAUCUACGGGGAGAUCGAGAAGAGGAUCAAAACGAGAGGGCUAAUCGAGCCGUCUCAUGAUUUGGAGACGUUGAAUCAAAUCCUCGAGGCUCUCCAGCUCAAAGGGCUCCUCCACCAUUCAAAACCUCACGACGGCGGCAACCGCAAACUCGUCCGCGACGGCUCCCCUAUCGUCCUCAUAAAACCUCCACCUCCGACCUCAAUCAAUUUUUCGCCGGCCAACCGCAGCAAUCGUGUCCGCCGCCACGUGGAGACGCCGCCAACGGUAAGUCCCCGGAGAGAGCGAAACGCGCGUAGCCCGACCCGGGCGGGUAGAAGCCCGAGCCCGACGAGCCGGUCAAGCUCGCUGGUGAAACCGAAGCCCUCAGGUGUUGAAACUCGAACGAGGAGGACAAACAAGUCGGCGGAGAAUCGUGGGGCCUCUCCGGCCAAUUCCCCAAAGCCCAAUGCGAGAAGAUCAGGAACAGAUCCAACGGCCAUUAAUCGGUCGCCCAGGUGCAAGAAAACGACUCAAACGAAAGGGACUGCCCCAAACGCCGUCGUUUUUGGGGAUGAAUCCUCGUCAAUUUCAGGGAGCAGCAGUAGUAUCACCACAUCCACCGAUACAGAGGGGACGAAAUCCGAGGAAUCCAAAGAGGGGCGGAACCUGUUGGAGAGGUGUGAUCAGCUGCUUCACAGCAUAGCGGAGAUGUCCGCAACCGAUCCGCAGCCGAGUCCGGUUUCAGUUCUCGACUCGUCGUUUUACAGGGACGAGUCAUUGACCCCUUCGCCAGUUACAACUAAACGUAAUAUUGAUUUCCAAGAUGAGUUGGAAGAAGAAAUAUGGAGCCCUUUGAUUUCCACCAAAUGCAUCGAAGCAUCGAACGACUCGGAUUUCAUUUACAUCUCAGAAAUCGUAAAAGCAAUCCAUUAUCUCCCGGAGGACUCGGAUAUCUUUGUUUUACUCGAAAAGCAGCAAUACCUCAAAGGGAAGAGCACAUCCAAAGCCGCUAGGCUCCAAAGGAAGCUAAUUUUCCAUAUAACCGAGGAAAUUGUCGAGAGACAGAGACAAUUGCCUCCUUGGGAAGCUAAAUGCAUAGUCUCGUGCAGCGUUAACGAUUGCGCAACACCAUUUCUCGAAAAUGUAUGGUCUGAGUUUGAAAGAAUGAGACAACAAAGGGAGAAGAGUGAGGAGGAAGAUUUGUUCGAGUCCAUUUGUAGUGUUUUGAAGAAAGAUUUAGCCGAAGGUCCGUGGGGAGAUUUUCCGGUGGAGAUUUCGGAGGCGGUUUUGGACAUGGAGAGGUUGAUAUUUAAGGAUUUGAUAUGUGAUAGCAUCUAUGAUCUUGUGUUGUUGGCUUCUAGAAACAGAUUGAACUCCAAUUUGGCUAGGAGAAAGUUGGUUUUCUAACUAUCAUUGUUCCUUUUUUUCUUUCUUUUAUUAAAAAAAGUCAUAAAUAUUUAUGCUGAAUAUUAUUAGGAAACAUAUCUAACGGUCGUUGUGUUACUGCUACCGCUAGCUGUGAAGAGACUAGAAUGAAGAUCCGAGGAAUUAAUAAAGUGGCCUUUUUCCUUAUGGAGUGUCCUUCGUGAUGUAGAGAGAAAGGAAUGUGUUCCUAGCUCAUUUUCGUUGUUAAUAACUAGUUAAGAUUACUUUUCGUGUGUGUAUGUUAUAGCCUUGUGCGUGUUGACUGAACUUUGUUAAAGCCUUGUGCUUGUUGACUGACCUUUGGUCUUUAAGCUCUGAAGAAAAUGGCGCUUAGCUGGGAUUGUCCAGUUGGACAGGUCUUAGGCACGCGUUUGAGUGUUUCUAGAAACACGACUCUUAAUUUAGUAUUCACACAAUUAAAAUGAUCAAC